CAAGCCACCGACUCUCUUCCUCCUUGAAAACCUGGUGAGAUCUUGAUGAAAUUUCUCCUUCUUUCUUGCUUAAUCACAAGAUUUGGGGCUUAGAAUUCUCUCUCUCUACCCAAAAAUCCCGGAUCUGCUCUGUUCUUCUCCCUUGUCCGUCGGGUUUUGCUGGGUUUGAAUCCUUCGGUUUUUCUGCCGUGAGUUCCCCUGCAGAAUUUCUUCUUCUCUGCCGCCGGCUUCUCCCCCCCUGCUAGGCUCGAUUUUUGGCUGCUAAAUUUUGGUAUGGACAGCUCCUCUAAGCCUAAAAUUACCCAUUUAAUUGCUGGGUUUUGUCCAUUAAGUGCUGCCUGUGCUUGCCGAAUUUUGCUAAAAUGGGGGAGGAAUUCCGGUAGCAUUUAAAUGUGUUUUGUGCUUGGUUUAUGUAGGAAUUUUGUUAAUUGGGUUGUUGUGAUUUUGGAGAAAAAUCCCGUGAAUUAGCUAGUGUUUUGGCCAAUUUUGGAAGUGAAGUUACUGUUCAUGAUACUGUUCACGGGUACUGUUUACUGGUACUGUUCACGGGCACUGUUUACACACCGAGGAUCAAAAAUUAACGGGGAUUUAAAUGAUUAGUUUGUGAUAUAAGAAUAAAUUUGGAGAUGUCCGAUUAUGUGGAGAUUGAUAGAAAUAGCACUAUGAUUAGGGGUAGUGCUAAUGAUGAUUUCAGUUUAAAUUUGUGAUAGUCCAGUAUUAAUUCUGAGGUGUUUUGAUUAGGUUCUCGAUCGUUCUGUCAGUUAGCACUGAGAUUGAGUGCUCGGUUUUAUGCGAGUGAGGUAAGUAAAUUAUGGUAAAGCCCUUCGAUUUUAAAGCACGUUUUAAAUUGUUUUUGAGAUGGUGGCAAGGUUUAAAUUGAUUUUAAAUUAAUUUUAUCAGCAUCUGAGUGUGAUUAAAUUGAAAUGAAAAGUUGGAUGAUUUUCAUGAGAGUUUCCUUGUUUUUCUGAAAUUGAGCAUGAUUGAAAUGAAAAUGAGGAUUUUAUUGAUUUUCUGGAAAUGAGAAUGAUUGAGAAAUGAAAAUGACAAUUUCAUUGUUUUCUGGAAUAGAGCAUGCCUAUUUGGGAAUUGACUAAACUGCUUUGAUGAACUGAGAAUUUUGUAAAUGUUGAGUUUUCUGUUAAAUCCAUGCCUGCAUGGAACUUUUUCGGUUUGUUCUGAAAUUCGGGAUUGAUUAUGAAAUUCAGGUUUUUGUAAAUCCUGCAUGGUUUUGUCUCGGAUAUAGUUAUGAUUAUUGAUGAUCCUGCUAGUGGGGGUUAAACGCUAGCAC